CCGGACGAGAUGGGAACUCUUCGAGAUCUCCAGUUGGCACUUAGGAAUAAAAUCGAGGAAUUAAACCAGAGAGACAAAUUAAUAGACGAACUGGAAGCAGAGCUUGACGAAAAGGACCAGCUUAUCGAGAAACUUAAAAUGGAACUGGAAAAAUGUAAGGCAGUGUUAAAUUCUGCUGUUGUGAAACCGACACAGGAAAAUGGAACUUUGUAUAAAGAGCGAAACAAACGAUGUGCGAUUUCUGCGGAACCCUCACAGUACGGUGUCAAUGUUCGAACCCCGUUGAAGAGGGUCGACAAACCAGAGUCGUAAGUAAGAACAGCAUGGUUUUUCGCAAGG